CUCCUUCGCGAAGAAUACGAUUGUGUGGUAACUAUAUACUAGCCAGUAGGGGUGCUAACUUCACACCGAUGAGCUUGUUGCCAACCGCCGAUCAUUUUGGUCUUUCGUCGGCUUCCGUACUAAGAAGAUGGCGUCCAAGUCUAGCAAGAUUCUUCUGUCCUUUGGCAGAAUAAACAUCGCCGGCUUUGGACUGCAAGGUUUGGCACGCAGGGUGACAUAUGUCACAUUCUCACCUGUAAACCCACCUGCAAAUACAAAGUUUCCAGAGGGAGGCAAUAACCCAAAAUUUCUGAGAAAAAACAGAAAACCUGAAGGACCACCCAGAACAGAGAAGAUGUCAGUGGAUCAGGACUGGACUAAUGUCUAUCCAGCAGCCACCUCCUUCAGAGCGUGUUCUGUCCCCCUACCUGUGAGGAUGGGUUACCCGGUGAAAAGAGGUGUUUCCCUGGGAAAGAAAGGCAAUCUGGAGCUGAUCAAGGUUCCAAACUUUCUACACUUGACACCCAUAGCCAUCAGGAAACAUUGUGAAGCCCUCAAACCUUUCUGCAACGAAUGGCCGUCAUCCUUGGACACGGACGCCAAAUGUGACCAGCACUUUCCUGUCAAAGUGGAGACCAGCGACUACGUCUCUGCGGGUCUCUCUCUGCGAAACCCCGCCGCCCGUGUCCUUCAUCUUCGAGUCAAGCUGUCCGCCCUCAACCUGGAUGAGCAUGCUAGGAAGAAGAUGAUCAAACUGGUAGGAGAGAGAUACUGCAAAGAAACCGACGUCCUCACCAUCACAACCGAAAGCUGCCCACUGAGACAGCAGAAUUAUGACUACGCCAUGUACCUGCUCACCGUACUUUACCACGAGUCUUGGAAAACCGAAGCCUGGGAGGCGGAGAAGACUGUGGCGGACAUGGAGGAAUAUUACUGGGAAGACAGCCCGUCCCAGAAGAACAUGAUGGACACGCUGCUCCGCACCAAGGCGGUGACGGCAGAGGAUGGAAUACGAGAGCAGCUUCUAGGCAGGAGUGAAGUGCAGGAGUACAAGGACUCUGUGACCAGACUGAAGAACCAAGGCGAUAGUGAGAGCGCCAUGCUGCAGUACAAAGAGGCCGUCAUGAAAGUACUCAAGCUGUGACCUACAAGGACUUAUGUAGACAUGUUACCAAAAUAAAAGUUCAACAGCUCUCUUUGA